AAACGAGUCGAACCUCCCUUCGUCGGGUCAUCAAGAUCCCUCAUUUUAUGUUCUCUUGCUACAGCUGCUAGACAAAUCGUUAAAUCCGAUAACCUUUCUGUCGUUUCUAACCAGACAAGAAACGCCGCUAGUAGCUCCCUAGAUGCUGGAUACGGCCUAUAG